AUGCAGCGUCCCGUCGCCCCAGGCGACAGCGUGAAGGGGCGGGUCUGUCAAUUGGGAGGAAGAGGCGGUGCGUCUCCCGCCCUGUUCGGCAGUGGGCGGGCCCUGUUGCCAAAGUAACAGGAUAAUGGUGUUGGUGGUGCUGUCUUCCUGUUGCAACGGUACCAGUUUCCUUGUGCUGAACUCCUGAAACUAUGAAUCAUAGUGAAAGAUUUGUUUUCCUUGCAGAGUGGUAUGAUCCAAAUGCUUCAAUUCUUCGAAGGUUUGAACUUCUGUUUUACCCAGCAGAUGGGUCUGUUGAAAUGCAUGAUGUAAAGAAUCAUCGUACCUUUUUGAAACGCACCAAAUAUGAUAACCUGCAUUUGGAAGAUUUAUUUAUAGGCAACAAAGUGAAUGUCUUUUCUCGACAACUGGUAUUAAUUGACUAUGGAGAUCAAUAUACAGCUCGUCAACUGGGCAGUAGGAAAGAAAAAACAUUAGCUCUGAUUAAACCAGAUGCAGUAUCAAAGGCUGGAGAAAUAAUUGAAAUAAUAAUCGAAGCUGGAUUUACUAUAACCAAACUCAAAAUGAUGGUGAUUUCAAGGAAAGAAGCAAUGGAUUUUCAUGUAGACCACCAAUCAAGGCCCUUUUAUAAUGAGCUGAUCCAGUUUAUUACAAGUGGUCCUGUUAUUGCCAUGGAGGUUUUAAGAGAUGAUGCUAUAUGUGAAUGGAAAAGACUGCUUGGACCUGCAAACACUGGGGUGGCACGCACAGAUGCUUCUGGAAGCAUUAGAGCCCUCUUUGGAACAGAUAGCAUAAGAAAUGCAGCUCAUGGCCCUGACACGUUUGCUUCUGCUGCCAGAGAAAUGGAGUUGUUUUUUCCUUCGAGUGGAGGUUGUGGGCCAGCAAAUACUGCUCAAUUUACCGAUUGUACUUGUUGCAUCAUUAAGCCCCAUGCUGUCAGUGAAGGCCUUUUGGGAAAGAUUGUGAUGGCUAUCCGAGAUGCAGGUUUUGUAAUCUCAGCUAUGCAGAUGUUCAAUAUGGAUCGGGUUAAUGUUGAAGAGUUCUAUGAAGUUUAUAAAGGAGUGGUGUCUGAGUAUAAUGAUAUGGUGACAGAAAUGUAUUCCGGCCCUUGUGUAGCACUAGAGAUUCAACAGAAUAAUGCUACAAAGACAUUUCGAGAAUUCUGUGGACCUGCUGAUCCUGAAAUCGCCCGGCAUUUACGCCCUGGAACCCUCAGAGCAAUCUUUGGUAAAACUAAGAUCCAGAAUGCUGUUCACUGUACUGAUCUGCCAGAGGAUGGCCUGUUAGAGGUUCAGUAUUUCUUCAAGAUCUUGGAUAAUUAGCAGUAUAGAAGUAAAGAAGUCACAGGUUGGGGCAAGACAAGAGUGAAUCACACACAUGAGGAAUGUGUUCAUUCUUUUAUUGUCCAUUGUUUUAACCUGACUGAAUACAAGAUCAACAAGAGCACUGUACUCCUGGCAAUUAUUACAUAUGUUAGAACAUGGAUUUUGCACUGUAGACAACAUUUAACACCAGUCUAUGGGGUACUGCAUUGCUUCUUAUAAAGUUCAAAAUAAAGAUUUAUUUUCAAACAA